ACCUAUUAUCAUUGCGAAUUCGAGUUUCCUGUAAACCCUAGCAAAACCUUGUGAACUCUCUCUAUUCACAUACGGUGAGCAAAAAUGGCUUGGCGCAAUGCAGGAUCUACCGCUCGUUCUUUUGUAUCCGCCGCCGCAAGAGCACCGUCACUCCGUUCUCCUACGGCGGCGCUUCCUCGCCUCCGUCCUUCCCCAUCCUCCUUACCUGGCCGUCGCUCCUCCUUUUCAUUGCCCUCUAGGAACAUAGGAGCACUUGGUUGCACACAAUCUUUCUUGCCGCUGUACAGUGUUGUGGCUGCUUCUCAACUUACCUCCCACCUUAAUGUUAACUUGCGGGCUUUCUGCGAGCUGUCUAAUGCCAUUAAGCGCUAAUAGUACUUGAAGAGGCUGAGAGUGUAUAAUGCAUCAGUGCAUGCAUCAGUUACUUUGAAGUGUGUAAGAGAUCCAAAGAAAAAAUCUUAAUCGUUAUGUUACUUUCGUUUUAGAAAUUUAACUUCCGUGGAAUCUCGUUAAUUAUUAAUAGCUGUAGAGCUUUUCGUUUGCUCGGCACAAUGGGUUAUAUCCUCUGAGGGUUUUUUUUUUUUUUUUUGUAUUGGAAAGAUGCAUAAAAUACUUAGCAUUAUCAAUAGAGAAAAUUACUAGAAUGUUACACAUUUUAUGAUUUAUUACUAGAAUGUUGUACAU